AUGGUGUGUGCCAUCAGACAACUGCUUCAAAGCCCUCUACUCACUGCCGCUAUUUUCAUCACUGGCAUCGGUGGCACUUUCCAGUAUGGUUUCCAUAUAGCCGUCCUCAACUCCCCAUCCACUUUUAUUAAGGAGCUGGUGAAUGUGACCUGUACUGAGAGGUACGGCCUCAACCUGCCGCCAUGGCAACUGUCAAUCAUCUGGUCGUUUGUGGUGUCGAUCUUCUUCAUCGGUGCGCUGAUGGGCGCGCUGAUGGGCGGACGACUGGCGGACAAAUACGGCAGGAAGAGAUGUCUGCUGUGGAAUAACCUGCUGGGCAUGGCAGGAGCUGUGCUGAUGGUGCUUAGCAAAACAGCCGUGUCCUUUGAGAUGAUCAUGGCAGCCAGGUUUAUCUACGGUGUCAACUCAGGCAUUGGGCUGACAGUGCACUGCAUGUAUCUGCCUGAGUGCUCCCCGAAGAAGCUGCGGUCGAUGAUGGGCUUCUUUGUGAUUACCUUCAGCGCCUUAGGGAAGUUCAUAAGUCAGCUCUUGGGCCUCAGUGAGGUGCUAGGGACGGAGGAUCGUUGGCCGUGGCUGUUGGGGUUCAGCGCGGUGCUGGCGCUGCUGCAGAUGGUGACUCUGCCCCUCCUGCCCGAGUCACCCCGAUACUUGCUCAUCAUGAAGGGGGACCCAGAGGCCUGCGAACGGGCAAUGAUGCGUCUGUGGGGGCCUAAGGUGGACCACAGUGAGGAUCUGGCUGACAUGCGCGCGGAGGUGGCUGUGUCGAGUGGGCUGCAGAGGAAGGGGGUCUUGCAGCUCUUCAGGCAGCGCUCGCUACGCUGGCAACUCGCCACCAUCAUCUGUUGCAUGACAACACUGCAGCUGAGUGGCAUCAACGCUGUCUACCUGUACUCGUUUGACGUGUUCAGGAAGGCAAAUAUCCCUCCUCAUCAGCUGCGCUAUGCUGCCCUGGGCACUGGCCUGUGUGAGCUCUCCACUAACGUCAUCUCAGCAAUGGUCAUUGAGCGCACAGGCAAGAAGGUGCUUCUGUUGUGGGGAUACUUUGGGAUGGCCACUACCCUGACAAUACUCACAGUUACACUAUACCUGCAGACCAUCUUGUGGUGGAUGCCUUACUGCAGCUUGAUCCUCGUCUUCAUCUUCAUCAUGUUCUUCUCCACUGGACCAGCUGGCAUCACAGCUCCCCUGGCUGGUGAGCUCUUUAACCAAUCCUUCAAGGCAGCUGCCUUCACCAUCAACACCACCAUCAACUGGACUGGCCUCUUCCUCCUUGGGAUGGUCUUCCCGCUCAUUGUGGAGCACCUCGACUAUCUGUGUUUCAUCAUCUUCCUGACGCUCUGUUUCUCCACCGGCCUAUUUGUGCACUUCAACGUUCCGGAGACGCGGAACCGCACCGUUCUAGAGAUCGCUGCCGAGUACGACCGGAUGCACAGCCGACGCAGACAAGAGGCAGCAGCCUCAGAGGAGCAGAAGCACACCCCCUCACCUGCACCAAUGGACUAUCCUGAAAACAAUGCCCAAUACCAGCCCACCCUAAGUAAUGACAGGAGGACCAGGAUGGACGAGAGGGAGAUGGCUGGACCGGAAGACGCUGGCGUCACCGUCCCCAUGGCUGGUGAGCUCUUUAACCAAUCCUUCAAGGCAGCGGCCUUCACCAUCAACACCACCAUCAACUGGACUGGCCUCUUCCUCCUUGGGAUGCUCUUCCCGCUCAUUGUGAGGCUCUCUGAUGUUGCAAUCAUAGAUGUUGAAAACUUACAGCAGAAUCACGGGGACAAGGUGUCCUAG